UAUCGUAUCUUCGUCUAUUUCGGUCUCAUAUUUCGAGUUCGUCGUUCGCUUUACACUCAAUCCAAAAUGAUGUCACCUGACAGUGACGUGGUGUCACAUGACACCGAGACGGGAUCACCUGACAGACGAGGACCAAUCGUAGUUCAUGAAGGGGCUAUCAGUAUCAAGUCGCGUAUUAUGUUCUGCACCAGAUGGAAGUCAAAAUACGUCAAAGUGCGAGCUGAUACCAAACAGCUAGCCAUCUACGACAAAAAGGUAUCGGCCAAUUCUACGGGCAAGCGAGGGGAGUGCCUCCUCAUACAACUCAAGCAGGUUGUCGAAUGCAAAGCAGAUGUGACCAGCAAGAAACGGAAUAGCUUUCUCAUUCAGAAGACCCCAAAUGCUGGCUCCAGUCGUCAGAUCAUAUUUGGCUGUGUUAAUCCAGCGGAUCGGGACCGGUGGGUGCACAUCAUUAAUGACGUCAUGAAUGGAACCAUCACCGGCCAAUCAGCGUUUGAUGAAGUAGUAGUUUCGUCGAGCGCCCUCACACAUAUUGUAAAGACCAGGCCAAAGAAUCCAGGUCGGAGACCACCGGGGCAUCGAUCAAGAGCAUUGGUCACGUCACCGACCGGUGAGAUCAGUAGCUUUGGAGAUGAUGCGGACUCCGGAGUAGGGGCAUCAUCAGAAUUAUUAGCAGCACAUAGCACGGUGCACAAACUCGAUGGCGAUUCCAUCGAUGAGGUCAUCGAGCAAUCUCCUACGUCACAAGAGAGCGUCGAGCGACGGGCCGAGAGCAACGAAUGCUUGGUGGAUAUCGAGGAAGACCCGAAGCCAAAGACUGAGAAGGUCUCGACGCUCCAAAGGCUCAAGAAACAAAAGAAAGGCGAGUCAAAGACUUCCAAACAAGAGAAGAAUGCUUCGUUCUUUAGUCGACUUGGGUCGCGGAUCUCCCGUGCCCUGAGUAGGAGUCAGUCCACAGAGGAAUCAACCGAACAAUCAAAGAACAUCGAACAACGCACAGGGUCCAAGAAAGCUGAUGGACAGGAUCAUCAGAUAGAGACAGAAGGAAUCAAAGAAGAGGAAACGAUAGAAGAGGUUAAGUUAAGCCCCACGUUUCACGCCAUGCCAUCCGCCACCAAGUCGGGCCACGAUAAGGUCAUCAUGGAACUUGCGGCGAUUGCUCAGAACGCGAAGCUCGUUGCGGCGAAAGCCGAAGCUCUGAAAUCGGCUCGGCUUCAAGGCGACAGCGAUUCCAGUGGCGAGGAAUCGUCGGGGACUAGUCGGACACUGUCCCGACGCGACUCCGAGAUGAACAUCGAACAGGCCGCUGAGAACCUAAGGACCACGCUCCAGAACCUAAGCGAAGCUGAACUGCUCGAGAUGGAGAAAACUGACAGUGACAACCUUCAGAAACCAGAAGUUAAACCUAAACCAGAUACCUCCAUGAAGAUGAAGAUGGAUAUGUCUGUUAUUAAUGAGAUGGAAGGAUUCUUUGCAAAGUCGAAUAAAUCGCUUAAAAAUAGCAAAGAGAACGGCGACAAAGCUCCCGGAACGGAAAGUGUGGAGGCGAAAGAAAACAAUGACGUAAAGGGGAAAGAUAAGGACUUGGACGUAAAGGAGAAGGAAAAUGGACACGAUGAUAGUGUUGAUUCAAAGAAAGAAGAGGAUGAAAAGAAUGAGGUUGGGGAUAAUACACAGGAUGAGAAGAAGAAAGAAGAGAAGGAGGAGAAGGAUGAAAAGAAAGAUGAGGUCGGAGAGGAUGAAAAUGAGAAAGAAGAGUCAAAGACAGAUGAAUCCAGCAAUAUGAAAGAACCUGAAAGUGAGGAGAACGAGAAGGAGGAGAGUAGAAAGAAAGAGGAAAUCGAUACAAACGUCAGUCAAGACAGCACACAAGUUAAUUCUCAAGAGAAUGAGCCAGAUAACCUGAAACUAAACGGAGAUUUAAACGACGAUGGCAAAACAACGAACUAAUCUGCUUUCAUCUCUCAUAAUGCACUUGAAAUGAUUAUUGAUAAUUCACUUGAUAAUCUUGCUAGUGAAAUAUAUUGUAACAGAUAAAAAUAAAUAAGUUAAUAUUGAUAGUUCAACAUAAUUGUUUUCAGAAGUGAAAUAGGAAAAUGCUCAUGAUUAACAUUUCACAUUUCGCUGCAUGAAUCACGUGCAUGUUUUGUGUUUGCAAUGAAGCAAUCGCAAAUAAGAAAAAUAAUGUUUGGUCGACAUAAGUGUCAUAUCUUUUAGGGAGGGACAAGGUCUUUGGCAAGGGCCCAAAAGAGACACACGGUGUCCCAUGAUAGUGUGACUUUCAGAGUAAAGGCAAAGAUGUAGAGGGGAAGUGAAAUAGAAUGAAAGCUUAAUGUGAUGAAAGCAUCAUAAUUAAAGAUGGACAGAGAGCUGGGAUCCGUUCCAGAAAGAGUUCUUAGAAUCAAUCGCAAAUCCCUAUAAUAUGCGCGUUUCA